CAUCUUUCGCAAUUUCAUGUAAAGGUGAAUUUAGACCUUGCAUCUGUUUAUUUUUACUAUUGCUGCACCAUAUUGCUUUUUAUAUGCACAAUGUGACAUAGUUUUCAUGCUGGGAUGGAAUUCACAAUGAUCUAAGAAAGAUGGGUUUCUUUUACCGAACUUAUAGUGUCGGCAACCUGCAUUAUAGAGCAACUUUCUAAUCAGCACAUGGCAUCGGUAUCACGUCCCACCAGCAGUAGUAAUGGGGAAGCAUUCUAACAAGUGGUUGUGAAAGUGAAUGAACUUUGUCUGCGCUUGCUAUAUGAGAGAGAAGCCACAGUCAUGAGGGUGACUGCAAUUUGGUAAGCAUGUAGCAAUUUCACUUGGCAAGACUACAUGCCUAUGUAGAAUCCUGCUAACAUGCGUGUCUUGUCAGUAUUAUGAAUUUAAGACUAAUUCCCCUAAUUAAAAUAAUAUCUUAUGAGCCUUCCUUUUUAUCGUAAUUAAAAAAGUCAAUUUUCAAAGAAUAAUUGAUGUUAUUUUCCUAUACACUUGUAGCUCUAUUUCAAAGAAUAAUUGAUGGAUGGUUGCAUAUGUUGCAUGGUUAGGGUGGGCUUGCAAGUGAGGUUGUGAUUGGGACCAUAUGAUCUUUGCUAAUGUAAUAAGCAUCAGCAAGGUGUUAAUUAAUUUUUCAAGUUGGAAAUUUUAUGCCCUCCCAACAACCGACUAAGCAAGUGAGGCUCUUGUGUUUUUGAUCUGGUAGGUCCUAAUUGCCAUUUACCUCUUUGUUGUCUUCAUUUUCUGGGUUUGCCUGUUUUUGUUCAGGCUUCCAUUCCUCUUUUUCUAUCUCUUGUAAUUUGGGUCCAAUCAAAGUAAGCUCUGAAUUCUGAGUCCAAUGUUUAACUAGUGUUCAGACUUGUGUUGGGCCUUGAGGGAAGGAUGAAUAUUCUGGUAUAAAAUAACAAAGUUUGCUGAUGAGAGAAGCUUCAGGGUAUUAUGAUUAAAAAUCCCAAAAGAAAAGAUCCAAGAAAAUUCAGGACCACGAAGCUGACAAGAUGCAUUACCAAACCACAAUUCACUCACCACCUGAGAAGAUAAUCUGAUUCAAAUUAACUACCACAAAAUAAAAGGAAAUUAUUCGUAGUUUAUCUACCCUCAAAAAAAUGAAGGCUGCGGUUUAUCCCUUUUAUCAGGACUAUGAACCCUAUUCUUAGAACACUGAUUUUGAUCUCCUGAACCCUUAAUCCCAUUUCCACCAUAUAUGUACAUAUAUAGACUGACCUUGUGCCAGCCUGCAAGUGUCAAUCAUAACACAAAGGCAACAACAACAAAAUUUUUAGAGUUCAUUCUUUCUCGACCUUGUGAGAUAGAGAAAUUGUACUGUGUUUGUUGUUGAAACAGAAAUAAUUAAUAAUCCCCUUUACAAGAAAAAAAAAGUAUAAGAAUGGUGUUCAGUGGAACGACAGAGAAAUGCAAGGCUUGCGAUAACACAUUUCAUUUCAUUGAAAUGGCAACAGCUGAUGGCAUCCCUUAUCAUAAGACUUGCUUCAAGUGCAAGCACUGCAAUGGACUUCUUGUGACCAGCAGCUAUUCCUCAAUGGAUAGAGUCCUGUACUGCAAACCACACUUUGAGCAACUGUUCAAAGAGACUGGCAAAUUAUACAAAGCAAAGGCUCCUAACAAAUUUUCCACCAUGUUCUCUGGCGCUCAAGACAAGUGCGCACGAUGUGAGUGUUGAGGGAGAAUCUUGUCACAAGACAUGCUUCGGGUGCUCUCAUGGGUGUUGUUAUCUUACACCCUCAUCCUAUGCUGCUCUAGAUGGCAUUCUUUAUUGCAAACCACUUUGCUUAGUUAUUUAAAGAGAAAGGCUCCUACAAUCAUAUAUAGGUGAAGAAAAAUGCAGCAGAUACACCAGACGAGAUGGAGAAACCUGAAGCAGAAGAAACCAAAGCAAUACCAGAAUCAGAACCAGAUUCUGAGGAAGUUCAUGAACGAAAGCAAUCAUAACCCACAAGAAUAUAAGCUCCAUGUCAACCAUGAACAUUUUUGUUUGUGUCCGGUAGGGGCAAGAUGAAAGAAUUGUUGAAGUUAUUUAAUUUAUUAUGGCUAGAAGUUUCAAAAUGAUAGUCAUGGUGAUUCAAAUGUAUUCCUGCACCAUGUAUUUGGAGGACCUAUUGUUUGAUUAUGAUUUUGCCUUCUUGAACUGAAAUGAGUGUAGCUCAUUUUAUUUUCCAA